UGCUGCCAUCUAACAAAAAAUAUAAAUACAUUGUGGCUGGUAUUCAUAAUUAAACCUUGGGUAUAUGUAUACCUAAUGUACAAAAGACAAUCAAUCGCGACUUUCUGUCAUUCUACAUAUAAAAAUAUAAGAGUACGAUCAUUGAAAAAAAUUUUUAAGUAUGUUUUACAUGUCAUCAGUGUCGUAACUAGCUUUUAAUGUGUUCUAUGCAAGUAUUUUUUAUGGACUCCUUAAUUUUUUGGGAACAUUAAAAUAAACGCGAUAUAACAAUUGUUUAUUAAUAAUUUUUUGUAUUCAAAUAUUGGUGAACAAAGUAGUAGGUAAUCUGCUGAGAGCGUGUUGGAACUGAAUGACGCAAAACGCUAAGUAACGCAAAUUUAAAAUUAAAAAACUUGAAAAUAUUACUAAAAUGACAAUGAGGCAAUAAGAGUAAAACGCGGUUGUGAAUUAUACAGGGUGUCCUGGACAAUGCUCGUGAGAAGCAAUGGUGAGCAUCAUCUAACAGCGAGAAGUAAACGUGCGACACUAUAUAUGACCGCGCCAAAACAAAUUAUCGCGCAGCGAGAGCUCCGAAUUCAUUACUGGAGUGCUCUGGGACAGAGCUGGGAUUUAGUUGCACUUUUCCGAGGCAACGCCUACCUUACCCCCACUACCGCUCGAGACUCGACGGUCGAGCCGCCGAUUGCCCGCGUGACGCUGUGUCUCAGGAGCGUCACGCGUAUUAUAGUGUAUGGUGAGAGUGUAACUUCCCUAAUAAACGAUAUCACGUAAUUAGAACAUUCCUUUUUUAAAUUUAUUUUAAUAAUUCCAAAUCUUUUUGUUA